AGUCCCCCCGCGCCAGCAGGAGCCGGGGAAGCGGAGGAGGGAGACGAAGAGGCGGAAAGUCCUUCAGUGGCUGCUCUGUGCGCCGCUGCCGGCGGUGCCCCUGCACGGCGGCCGCCGCCUUAGCCCCGGCGCUGGGGCAGGGGCUGGGACGGGCCCCGCCGCGUGAGCCCGCAGAGAGGAUGUGGCGCCUCUAGCCAACUUCCCCCGGGCUCCGGCCAAGAUGGGUUCCUAUCUUGUUAAUGCAACAUUCCAGUCCAAAAUAACAGAAGGGGCAGAUAUUAUUAUUGGAAUGAUUUAUACAGUGUUUGGAAUAUGCUCCUUGUGUGGAAACAGUAUUCUUCUGUAUGUUUCCUACAAGAAAAAGAAUUUACUAAAACCAGCAGAAUACUUCAUGAUCAACCUUGCCAUCAGUGACCUUGGUAUGACUCUGACCUUGUAUCCUCUAGCUGUUACAUCCAGCCUUUCUCACAGAUGGCUGUAUGGUAAACAAGUUUGCUUGUUCUAUGCAUUUUGCGGUGUACUUUUUGGGAUCUGCAGUCUGUCAACACUAACAUUACUGAGUACUGUGUGCUGCCUCAAAAUUUGUUUUCCAGCUUAUGGGAACAGAUUUAGGCAAGAACAUGGACGAAUCUUGAUAGCCUGCACAUGGGCCUAUGCAGCAAUUUUUGCCUGUUCACCCCUAGCUCACUGGGGAGAGUAUGGAGCAGAGCCCUAUGGUACAGCUUGUUGCAUUGACUGGCAUUCAUCAAAUGUAAAUACAGUGGCAAUGUCUUACACCGUAGCUCUCUUUGUCUUCUGCUUUAUCAUCCCCUGUGGGGUAAUUGUUACGUCCUAUACCUUCAUUCUGAUAACGGUCAAAGAAUCCAGAAAAGCAGUGGAACAGCAUGUCUCAGGUCCCACCAGGAUGAGCAACGUGCAGGCUAUUACAGUCAAGAUGAGCAUUGCUGUAUGCAUUGGAUUUUUUGUUGCCUGGAGCCCCUAUGCCAUCAUAGCCAUGUGGGCAGCCUUUGGAUCCAUAGAAGGGAUUCCUCCACUAGCCUUUGCUGUGCCAGCUGUCUUUGCAAAGUCCUCAACACUCUACAACCCAGUUACCUAUCUUCUUCUGAAGCCCAAUUUCCGAAGCACCCUUGCCAAAGAUUUUGGAAUUCUCCGGCAAUUAUGCAUCAGGACUUGUUGUUGCCUCAAGGCCCUACAGAGCUGCAGUUACAGGUCAGUUCUGGAAAUCAGCCUGAAAUCAUUUAAAGGGAGAAAUGAGUCCAGCUGUAACUCAGUGCAGACUGUGGAAGGAUGUUCUUACUUCCCUUGUGAAAAGUGCAGUGAUACUUUUGAAUGCUUUAAGAACUAUCCAAAAUGCUGCCAGGAGAGGUUAAGCACUAUGGAAUAUACUCCUCAAGAAAGUGUGUUUUUGGAGAGUAGUCUCCAAGCAAAACAGAAUCAGGGUGCCAAGAAAUCUGUAAAGGUAGUUGUUCAAGGAGAAAAAAGCACUCAAAAUGAUAACUUUGAAAUCACCUUGGAAACAAUACCUGCACACAGCAGAUUUGCAAAUCUGUAGAGUCUGGAGGGUUUCAUUUAAGAAACAAUAAAGUAAUGGUACCAGACUUUUGAAUGUAACCUUUUCUAAACAGCCCACCCACUGCCCAUUUUCUAUACAGUUUUCCUGGUUCCCUCACGUGUCCUUUGAUAGAAUGCCUAAUGGAGCAUGAACUUGUUAAAAAGGAUGUUUGACUCUCACGAUGCAGACUUCAGUAAGUAUCUUGUGCUAACUCUAUUCAAACAGUACUAUUGCAAUUAAUUUCCUUCCCACUUUGAGUUUUGGAGCUCUUGUUUACUUUGUUUUCAAGGAAACAGACCCCUGGGUACUAUGAGGACAUUUCUGUAAGGUGUUGUUAUUCUUUCUAAAAGUUGUAUGUUUUAAAUUCUGUACACUCAAGACAAAUAGCAUAAUGCAUAUAAGAAUUUUAAAAAGACAACCUCAUGCUGUUCUAACUGUAACAGAAAUUAAAAGGUAGAUGCUGUAUGAAAUGCCUAUUUUCCAAAAAGCCCUGGAGAAUAAUCAAGUAUACUGCCUUCAAUGUUGGUAGCAAAGAUAAUGUUGUUCAUUACCAUGAAGAGACAAAGAGGCAACUUUUGCUCCAAUUUACGCUGGAGUAAAAUCAGAGUAACUCUGUUGAUUUUUAAACAGAUAUACUCCAUAUUUACACUGGUGUAACUGACAGGAAUUUGACCCAGAAAUGUCAAAAUAAUAGUCCCAGUUUUCUAAUAAGGACCUUGGAAUAACUGGGGUGAAGAGAAGGAGUAGAGAGAACUCAAAGGGUGAGAAUCUGGAUAAUUUGGUAAGCUGGGCUCAAGCAAACAAUAUGAGUUUUAAUACAGCCAAAUGUAAAUGUACUCAUCUAGGAACAAAGAAUUCAGGCCAUACUUACAGAUGGAGAACUCUAUUCUGGGGAGCAGUGACUCUGAAAAUUUUUGUGGGGGUUAUGGUGGAUAAUCAGCUGAAAAUGAACUCCCAGUACAAAGCUGUGACCAAAAGCAUCCUUGGAUGCAUAAACAGACAAAUGUCGAGCUGGAGAAGAGAGGUUAUUUUACUUCUGUCUUUGGCACCAGUGUGACCACUGCUGAAAUAC